AUGCUUCACCGGAGUUUCAAGCCUGCCAAAUGCAAAACAGCGUUGAAGUUAGCGGCUUCGCGAAUAAAGCUGUUGAAGAAUAAAAGAGCAGCACAGGUGAAGCUGCUCAAGAGAGAACUGGCUCAAUUGCUGGACGCUGGCCAAGACCAGACUGCCAGAAUCCGGGUUGAACAUUUGGUUAGGGAAGAGAAGACAAUGGCAGCAUAUGAACUUAUUGAGAUAUAUUGCGAACUUAUUGUGGCGCGUUUGCCCAUCAUCGAGUCGCAGAAAAACUGUCCCAUUGACUUGAAGGAAGCUGUCUCAAGUGUAAUUUUUGCAUCUCCAAGAUGUGCUGAUGUACCAGAAUUGAUGGAUGUUCGGAAGCAUUUUACGGCAAAAUAUGGGAAAGAAUAUGUAUCUGCAGCAGUUGAAUUACGUCCAGACUGUGGUGUUAGCCGUAUGUUGGUGGAAAAAUUGUCUGCCAAAGCACCUGAUGGCCCUACCAAAAUCAAAAUUUUGACAGCAAUUGCCGAGGAACAUAAUAUUAAGUGGGAUCCUAAGUCAUUUGGAGAGAAAGAUACCAAGCCUCCUGAGGACAUGCUGAAUGGACCCAAUACCUUUGAGCAGGCCAGUAAAGUGCAUGUGGAACCUGCUAUUCAAGCCUCACCGGAUAGGGUUGAUCAGGGAGCUCAUAAUUUCCAUAAUCUUUCUCAAAACUAUGUAAAGCAUGAUGUUCCUGCAAACUCUCGUGGCCCCAAUUUAAGAUCAUUACCCCAUUCCUAUCAAGAUCACAGGCCUUUAGGGAACCAAAGUGGGGUUUUAUCAGGUCCGCAGAAUUGGAAUAUGGAAUUUAAGGAUGCCACAGCUGCUGCACAGGCAGCUGCUGAAUCUGCUGAACGAGCAAGCAUGGCUGCCAGAGCAGCUGCAGAACUUUCAAGCCAAGGAAAGAUAACCAAGCAGGAUUUAACCGAAUCACAGAAGGCUUUUGCUUUUGCAUCAAGAGAUGUAGGACCUCCAAACCAUACUGGCUCAAAGUUGCAAGGCGAAGAUGUUGCCAAAGAUCAGAUAAGUAAUGCUCCUUAUAAAAGAAAUUCAGGCAUACAUUGUGAGCAAAGAGAGGGCGAUGAACAAGAUGACCUGGCUGGAUUGACUAAAAGGUUUUACAAUCUCAAGAGCUCUAAUAAACCUAGUCAGUCAGCUUCGUUGAAGUCCAGUAAUGCUUCUGUGGAUGAUCAUCCAUCAAUUAAUGAUCUCCCAAUGCCAGAUAGGCAUUCUCGAAAGAGCUCAUAUGAUUUGGGUGAAGCUAGCGUAAAGCAAGAGUCUAGUGAAUCUGAGGUAAUCUUUGUGAGUAAAUUGGAUGACGGAAUGACACCGGAGAAUGCUGGUUACUUUGAGGAAGCAAGAAUCAGCAAACAGUCUAGCAGUGUUUCCUCACAUUCUCAUUCGCAAACUUUCAGUGAUGAUUACAAUGUGUUUUCCAAUAUCAACCAGCAGAAAACAGGUCAUGAAACUGAUAAGGAUCCUUUUAUUAUUGAUGACGAAAAAAUACAAAGAGAUGCAAAAGGAACAAAUUUUUAUGACAAUGCUGUUGUUUUUGAUGAUUCUGCUUCAGACAAGGAAUUUAAGUUCGAUGUGGAGGAUGAACAUAAUGGCCAAGAGUAUGAUUCAAUUCUUUCAUCAGAAUGUACAAAUUCAUCUUCUCAUUUGUUUGUGAAUACAAAUGCUUGGGGCCCUAGUCAAAACAUGGAUGAGUUUCGAGUAAAGUCCAGUUUGCAGAUGCCAGUGACCUCGGCAUUCUUUUCUGAAGAUUUGACUGCUGACACUGUUCCUUCCCAACCACAUGACUUGUUACCCAUGACUUUUGAUGAUUCUGACGGUGCAAUUUCAGAGAGUGAAAUGGAGCUGGAUACCUAUGAGGUGGUUGGUGGUUCAAGGCCUGGCAAUACUGUUCAUACCGAGAGCGUUUACACAAGAAACACUGACCCCACACAUAGUGGGAGUCCUUACUCGAUAAUGUCUUCACUUGCAGAUGAGGAAAAUUUGGGAUCCAACCAUAAAACACAUUUGCAGACAUCUUCCCUUGAUUCAGAUGUCGAAGAAGUGUUCUCUGAGAAAAAUCAAGGAACUGGAGUUAUAGUUGAAGCAGAUAACAAGUUUGCUUAUGGUAACUUGGACACGAAUCAAGCUUCUUCCACACCUGUGAAAUUUCGCGCAAGUUCUAAUGACUUAAAGGACAACCUGCAAACUGGGCAUCCAUCAGUGAAAAAUGCUCAAAAUUGCGAAUUACCAAUCACCACAAAGAAUGCUGAACCUAUUGAAGAAACCAGUUUGGAAACUGGUGCAGAGUUGAACUUGGGAAUAUUGACAGGUGGCCUUCGAAAUAAGGGCUAUAGGCAUCCACCAUACCGAUGGAAUCUAACAAAUAAUUCUUCAUCAUCUGAACAAGCAAUAGAGAAUACUUCUUCAAGAACUGGUCAGUCCUCUUCUUCCUCCAAGGUUGAUAUUGGUUCUGGAGCUCAGGAUCAGGAGACACACAAUCAGAGACUGCACACAAAAGUAGAUGUAAAAGUAAGCUCAAUAACCCCAGCUACAUAUUCUGAUGAUGGCGAUUCUUACGAGGAAUUACCACAACAAAAUAUUAGCAGCAGUAAAGAGUCAGACAGUCGAAAAUUAGUUAUUGGAGGGAAUGAGAGGUCAAGAACAAGGACUUCUUUUGACUCAGAUGAUAGUGAUUCUGAGGUGGUUUCUAAACAGAUGUCAUCUAGGAAAACUCAUUUAACUGGGUUGUCUCGACGGACAAAGGUAUCUUCUCCAAGUUCUGAUAAAGAUUCUUCUUCAAAGGCUUCAAUGCUUUCCAAGUCUUCAGUGGGUGCGGACUUUUUUGUGGAAAGCAGAUCAUCCGCAAGUAGUUCCUAUGCUGCUGAAACUAAACCAAUCCCCCAGAGCAGAAGCUCAGGUUACCAGGAGAGUCGUGAGCAACGUAGGUCAACAGAAGAAGCAGCAGCUUCUAAGCGAAUUCAACAAUCCAAGAGGUCCUCACAUGAAGAAUCAUCAUCUUGGAGUUCAGAUGCUACUGAUAUUCAGCAACGACCACCAUCUCAGUCGCAGAGUUCAGAUUACUGGGCAAGUUCUAGGCAGCUGCCUAGAUCCACAGAACAAGCAGCUUCGAAGCCAAUUUCAGAAUCCAAGAGGUCUUUGCAUGAGGAAAAACUGAAGUCUUUAGCUCAGGAACAGCCAUUUAAUUCUCCUCCUAAGACAGUAGCGACAGGCAGUACUCGAAGUUCAAAGACCUCCAAUUCACAUGGUGAGAUGCCAUCCAGGGAGAAUUCCAUCAAUAAAGCCAGCCAUGUUCACCCAAAACUUCCUGACUAUGACACCUUUGCUGCACACCUACUGUCUCUGCGCCAGAAUCACCAAUAG